AUGGAGGCUCCUGCAAAGACACUCAGUAAAUACCUGCGGAAUCAUGUUCAACUGGCUCAACACCACUGGGGGCAUAUGCAUGACCGUUACUUUGGGCGGCAUGGGACAGUCACAUUAGGUGGUAUUAAGCCACCCAGUGGGACAAUCAUACAUUUUUUUGAGGAAGCCAGGUCACCGUGUUAUGAGUCCUCACCUAGAGACACAGAAGAUGGAGAGCCAGAGCGCCAGACGGUGCAAAGGGAAGUCUCCGGAUGGAGUAAUCCCCAUCUCUCCUUUGGCACGACCAGGAUUUUGGGGUCUGAUGUCUGUCAUCGCUGGAAAGCCUCAGACUGCAGACAUGGUGGGAGGGGUCAGCCCCUCGGGAUCUUAGGAUCCUGGGGACUCCAGGGCAGAGCAGAGCCAGCCCAAUCCCCUGCAGUGGGAAAGUGGGUUUCCCCACUGCCCACCCUGGCUCAGGCGUCUCCCGCUUCUUGCCCAACUUUCAGAAAGGGAUCCUUUCAGGCCAGAGAGCUGAUUUUAGCUGAGACUGGGGAGGGAGAAACUCACUUAAAAAAAUUAUUUAGGUUGAGCAACAUCAGACACUUAAAUAAUAUGUGGGGGUUAGUCCUGUACAAGAUCGUGGGAAAGUUCCCCGGCCAGGUACUGACAAGUUCCCUUGGUAAGCAUUUCAUGCUGCAGAGGACAGCACUGGAAGACUAUGUGUUACUGAUGAAAAGAGGGACUGCCAACACAUCCCCAAAGGACAUGAACACGGUACCGAUGAGGACAGGUAUCAACCCAGGCGAUACUGUUUUAGAUGCAGGCUCUGGCUCUGGUGGAAAGAGUUUAUCCAAAGCAGUUGGAUCACAAGGCCAAGUCAUAAGUUUUGAAAUACGAAAGGACCAUCAUGAUCUGGCUAAGAAGAAUUACAAACACUGGCACGAUUCAUGGAAAUUAAGUCAUGUAGAAGAAUGUCCAGAUAAUGUGAAUUUCAUUGACAAGGAUAUUUUGGGAGCAGCUGAAGACAUACAAUCUUUAGCAUUUGAUGUGGUACCUUUGGAUAUGUUAAAUCCUCUAGUUGCAAUGCCUGCUUUAUACCCACGUCUUAAACACGGUGGUGCAUGUGUUGUAUAUCUAGCAAACAUCACACAGGUUAUUGAACUUUUAGAUGGAAUUCACAUCUGUGAACUUGCUCUCAUUGAACUCAUUGUGAGUGACUGGUUGGUUUGCUGUGCAAAACACAGAAUUGGAAUUUUACCUCAAAAAGCAGAACCUAAAAUCAACACAGAUCCACAAUUACAUCCUGAAAAGGAAAGUGAAGAUGAAGAAGAAUCACAGUCUGAUUUUCCAUAUGGAUCCUUUCCCUAUAUUACAAGACCUGUCCACUGGCAAACUGAUCAUACAGCUUUCCAAGUUAAGGAAGGUCAAACCACAAUAACCAAGUAUCUCAGAUGA